GAGUUUGUGGGCGCCAUGUUCACCUCCUAUGACUAUUCGACCCUUCAUCUAGCCUCCAUCUAGCCUCCGAUUGAACAACAACUGUACACUCAUCCAAUCCCAUCGACACAACACCUCAGCCAUGGCCCGUCGAAAACAGGCCACCCCGACACAAAAAACCCACGCAGGAGGAAAUAUGCGACGCCUGUCAGAAGAACCUCAACCACAUACAAAUCAUAUCAAUGGCAGUACCAUGUCCCUAGACAAGUCGCAAGGCGGUCAUGCGCGAAACCGCAACCAAACCCCACAAGCAGGCGUACUCGCCCUCAUAGUCUGCGUCGGAGGAAUAUAUGCGUCCUUCUUGACCUGGGGCCUUUUGCAGGAACGCAUCACCACUACAGCCUACGCAUUCGAUCACACCGCGCAACCUGUUCUAGAAUACUUCAGGUUUCCUAUAUUUCUCAACACCGUUCAAUCUCUCUUUGCCUUCACCACUGGCAGUGCCUACCUCGUCUACAAAACUCGGUCUUUUCAGAUCCUCCCCUCCGCCUCAGCCUUGGGACCAUUCUUUCUCAUUACAUUCACCACUACUCUGGCUUCCCCCUUCGGAUAUGCCUCGCUUGCCCACGUCGACUACCUGACCUUCGUCCUAGCUAAGUCCUGCAAGCUUCUCCCCGUCAUGGCUCUUCACAUCACUCUGUUUCGAAAGCGAUAUCCACUUUCCAAAUACCUCAUCGUCCUGGCCGUCACCGGAGGCGUCGCCACCUUCACCCUGUACCACCCACCAAAAUCAGGCAAGCCCAACGCCCCCAUCUCUCAGUCCAGCAGUACAUAUGGACUAGUCCUCCUCGCCAUCAACCUCCUUUUCGAUGGGUUGACAAACACAGUUCAGGAUCACAUAUUUACCUCGCCCCACCGCUAUGGCAAAACUACAGGCCUUCAGAUGAUGGUCGUCCUCAACCUGCUGAGCAUCAUACUCAUGUCUGCUUACCUCGUCACAGCCCCAUAUGUACCUUUGACGCUCGUUCCUUCUUUCCUCCAACCUUCCCAAACCCACGAACUCUCCACCGCUUUAUCUUUCCUUUCGCGUCAUCCCACAGUCUUCUAUGAUGUCCUGGGCUUCUCCGCCUGCGGUGCUAUAGGUCAGCUAUUCAUCUACGCCACCCUGGAGCGUUUUUCCUCUCUACUGCUUGUGACAGUCACCGUGACGAGGAAAAUGCUGACCAUGCUUUUGAGUGUGGUCUGGUUUGGCAAAAGCCUUAGCCACGGGCAAUGGCUUGGUGUCACAUUGGUCUUCGGCGGUGUUGCCGCCGAAGGUUGGCUCGCUCGCGUCGAAAAGAUGAAGAAGGAGAAUAGAAAGAAGAUCCGAUAACUAGAAUCCUCUCCGAACUAGUCCUUGUUUCCAAGAGACUUGCAGCGUCUUCGCCCGAUGAUUGCAUAGACCAGCGACGUGUGGUAUCUUCAUUGGAAUGCCCUUCCGAGUGUCAGAAGCUUGCAUGUUUGUGAACGUCUUGAUGUCGCCAGGUAGAUCCCUCCUGUGGGCUCCAGGAUCUUCUUAGC